AUGGAUUCCUGGGAACAAACAUCACCAAUGAUUAAGUUUGAGGACUCACCGGCGGAGUCGUUUGUCUCGACACCUGGCGAACUCUACCCUUCGCUGUUUGGUGAUGCGAACUCGGCUCCUGAGAACACGGUCGACCCCUCAGACAUGAUGACACCCCCUUCGUUCAACGACGACGAUGACGCCGGCGUAUCAGCGUCUCCCUCAACAACUCCCGCCCCUCCAGGGACCGGAUCUGUCUCCCCAGAAAAGAAACAAACUAAGAAAAGAAAAUCGUGGGGCCAGGUCCUGCCUGAGCCCAAGACAAAUCUCCCCCCAAGAAAACGUGCAAAGACGGAGGACGAAAAGGAGCAACGGCGUGUGGAGCGCGUCCUCCGCAAUCGUCGCGCUGCUCAGUCAUCUCGUGAACGAAAGCGUCUUGAGGUGGAGGCUCUUGAGCGACGGAACAAGGAGCUUGAAUCAGCUCUUCAGAACGUCACAAAGGCAAACCAGCUUCUAGUCGAGGAACUAAACAAGUUCCGUCGUGACUCGGGAAUGUUGACUCGGUCCUCGUCCCCUCUUGACCCCCUUAACAGCAAUUCUGUUACUCUAUCUCAGGAGCUUUUUAGUUCCCAAGAUGGUCACCAACCUUCCGUGGCCGAGACAAAGUCUUUAGUCGACAACUUGAUGACUUCGUCUCAACCCAAUGCCACUGUUAAUCCCGCUUCACUAUCUCCGGAGCUUUCGCCUAUUCCCGAGAGUACGAAGACGAACGUCGCGGAGCAGCAAACGGCCGAGACCUCUAUUGCGAAGUCUACUUCUGACCUGACACAACGUCCUGCAGCGAUGUUGUGCGACCUGCAGUGUCAUCUGUCGGAGGAGCUUCCGCAAUCAUGGCUGGCCUCUCAAACCCCUCUGCAUCCGACCUUGGCCUUUUAUCUGCAGCUUCAGAUGCUGUUACUCGGUUCGGCGGUGAUCCUUUCAGUAUGUCAGCGGCCCUUAACGCAGAUCGCUAUGUCCUUGAAAGCGGGAUUCUCUCUUCCCCCAACUCCCUCGAUUACGAAAACGAUUAUUUGGCUGGUGACUCUUCCGCCUUCUUCCAGGACCCGUUCGACAUCAAUGAGUUUCUUCACGACGAGGUCAACGGCACAGCCGUCGCAGCGGACCCGGAAUUCGGCGGCGAUCUUACCAACUCUGAGACUCAAGUCUCUUCAGAGAAUCCUAACCUGCAGCCCCAAUCUGGCGCGUCCACUUAUGGAUGCGACGAUGGAGGCAUUGCGGUUGGUGUCUGAAGGAUGUGAUGAUCGGGUUGAGGGAUUGGCGACUGAACAUCCGGCGCAGCGCGACAGCUUCCAUCAGCCACAAACUUGGCUGGCUGGCGCGCCGUUGCCCUCGAAGGAGGUUCUCUUGACGUUACUCUGGGCUCUUAGGGUCGAAGAACGAAAGAUGAUCCUCGGAGGCUUACUCCCAAAUAAUACCCUGUCUCCCAACCCGACGGACAGCACUUCAGCACCACCCAAAAACAUUGUGAUUACUGUGUUUCCCAAGAGGAAGCGAGCAGACGAGGAUACAAAUGGAUCUGGGAAGCGUUUUCAACUAGCAUGA